AUGGACAGUGGUUAUGUGUCCCAGUUAUACGUUAUUCCUGCAGUCGACGCGGCCGAAGCCGGCAAAGGCCAGCUGGAGAUCAGUGUGAAUCAAGGCAAGGUCCCGAACAAUGUUCAGAUGCAGGAUGCGGGUCGAUGCUUGGUCACGUUCAUACCACAACAUGCUGGAACUUAUGUCAUCGAUGUUACGUUCAAUGGGCAACAGGUUCAUGGUGGGUGGAGUUUUUGGAUUUUAGGAGGGUUUUAUGGGUUGGGGUGGGUUUUUUGGUAUUUAAUUUUUAAGGCUAUGUUGAGGUAGGGUAGGGUAGAAUAGGGCAGGGUAGGGCAGAGUAAUGUAAGCUAGGGUAAAUUAGGGUAGUGCAAGGUAGGCUAAUAUAAGAUAAGGUAAAGUAAAAAUUUUUAAACUUCAAAAUGCAUUCCAGGCUGUCCAAUCCAAGUCGACGUGAACUCAAAGCACGUUGGGAAGCCCUUGUCUCAUGCCGUUCAUCACAAAUCAGGUGGUGUGGCAGUAGCUGGCGCUUCGUCACCAGCACCAUCAACCAUCGAACGAGGACCAUCCUCAGCCUACUUCUCUGGCGGAUCACCUCAAAUCGACACAUCGUUCCAAUCGCCGGUAUCUCCACUGUUCCAAAGUCAACACAGUCCCAGAAGCCCGAUCCUGGUACAACGUAGCAGUGAAGGCCAAUAUGCUACCGGAGAUCAGGGUCUGAAGUCACCUCGGCUGGUCGAUUUGGCUCGUGCCGAUCAAGCCGGUCGUAUGGGAUAUACGGUAGCACAGUACGGUGAAGGUCAGGAAGGAAAUUCUGAAUCAUACCGUACCAGUCGCUAUUUUGGGGAUUCUACUGACCGUGCUGAGUUCAAGCCGACAGGAAGAUCAGAUUACAGUAGUCCUAGCCGUACUGAUUACGGUAGCCCGAGUCGAACCGAAUAUACCAGUCCAAGAAGAGAUUAUACUAGCCCGAGUCGUACGGAUUACGGUACUCGUACUGAAUACAGUACGAAGCACACUGAAUUCACAUCAAAGGACCGUACAGAAGCUCUCCGUAGCCCUCCACACGGCGAUUCUACUGUAGAUUCCGGCCUCGGUAGUACGGUAACCAAACACCGUUAUUUCGAAUCUUCCGACAGUCGUCCUCACAGCACGGUGGAGCCAGAAUGGCGUAAAAGCCUGAUCGAACAACCCCCACCAGUUCCAAAAUCACCACCCCCAGAGGAAUCAGCCCAAUUUCAGAUGACACGAUCGGCCGAAAUGAAGUUGUACGAUGACAAACUGAAGACAGAAGACCUGACCUACAAGAAGGGCGUGGGCGAAGAGGGCUACGACUACAAGGUGACGUCAGAGAAGUAUAAGCCUGGAGCUAGAAGUCAUGUGUCAGAAGGCCAUCGUCAAUUCUCAGAAGGUCAACAGGCUUCACCAGCACCGUUGGGUGAUGUAGCACCGGUUUCCAAGUACGAGCCCGAAGUACAACGUCCCAGCUCACGGUACGAAAGCACGGUGAAGUACGAGGUCCCACCUAAGGAUGAGUUCUCGGCUACACGACAUGAAGCUCGAGGCGAAUUCUCUUCGGCUGCUCGACAAGAAUCUGCAGCUUCUAGACAGGAGGAAUUACCGUACAAGCCCGAAUCCCACCGUCAGUACGACGAACCCCCAAAAGACUACGAUGAACCACUAAAAACCGAAAAAUCUGAAGCCCAACCGCUACAGAAAGCUACGGAAAUUCACGGUGUACCGUUCGAAGCAGCCGUAGAACGACGACCCACUACAGAAUACACUCCAGGCCAUAGAAGACAACCUUCAGGAGCCCAAUCAACGCCAGCUACACCAGGAUCACAACGAAGAAUCGAGGAAUCUGGAGGUGAAUCAAGGUCUUCAUCUAAGCCUAAUACACCAAGAUUAAGCCUAAAGUUUGGAAGAGAUAAGAGCAAGGACCCGAACAAGGGAUUCGAAUUCGGAAAGAGCAAGUUCACCAGCAAACAUGAAAUCGUACGAAGAGGCAAAGAUGUGGAUGUCAAGUUGGAAAACCUGAAGUUGUCUAAGGAGGACCAGUUAAGAAUUGUUGUACUGCGUAAGUUAAUGCAAUUAAGCAAAUUUUUAUGGUCAGAGGGCGCAAAAUUAUGUGAACAACCUAAUACAAUGAAAACUAACAAACAGACCUAAGAUAGCAUACAGUUUUUUGAUAAUAAAUUUAAGAAAAACCGUUAAAAGACAAGGUGAAUAUAAUUUCUAGAUACUUUAGGAGAUUGCAGUUAAUGUUUUAGUAAUUUUAAAAAGGUAAAACUAAACAUUUUUGUGUUAUAAGACCUAGAACGUUAGUAGAUUAUAGGUUGAACCAAAAGUAACGGGUCACUUUCCAGUUAAAAACUGACCCGCUACUUUUGGUUCAACUUAUAUCACCAGUCAAACCCAAAGUAAUAGAUUGUUCAAAUAAUCCUGUGCUUUCUAACCUUCAAUUUUUGCUUGGAGGGGGCACAGAAUUAUUUGGACAACCUAAUAUCACGAGUAAAGCCUAAAGUUUGGGGAGUAAAGUUCAAAUAAUAACACAAUCAGGAGUGAAACCUAAAGUGAUAUAAAAUAAUAUAACUUUCUUUAAUCAUAACUAAAAUUGAAACGGUUUUUAAAUAUUGGUUUUGAGAUAGUUUGUUAUCUUUUUCAUUUAAUUUUAAACGUUUUACAAUAAUAAAAUGUCAAAAAAUUGAUUUUUUUCUUAUUUAAACUUCAAUACCAACAAAAAAGCCUAAAACAGCAUGGUUUUUUUUGCUUAUAACAACUAUUUUUUGAUUUUUAUUACAUGUUUUACCAUUUUAAAGUAUUUUAAAAAGAAAUAUUGAUAAAUCAAAAGCUACUUUUCAAGAAAUGAUUACAAAUUUUACCCAUUUUCCUACCUAAAACACCUAAAAUUUGUUAUUUACGCGGAAAAACAGAUAGAGAUCGACCUCAUUCCUGAGUAGGUACGCCUUUAUUUUGCAUUUCUAUUAAAAAGUUUUGUUUCUUUUGGAAGUAAUUUAGCUGUGGGAACAAAAUAAAUAUAGUUUUUGUAAUGGGAACUUGUAAUUACAAUUGUUUUGAGGGAAAAAGUUGUGUUAGAAGGCCUAGUAUAAUAUAGUGGAAGGUCAGGAUAUAAAAUGGGGGAAGUUUUAAAAUUUGUGUUUUACAUCUUCAAAAUCUCUCAUAUUUUCAAAUUUUGCCAUUUUUUGUCAAAGGGGACAUGUUAUACGAUGAAAUGAAAGAUUUCACAAAAUUUAAAAAAAAAUUUUAAAAUUUCAAAAAAAUUAAUAAAAAUAUUUUCAGCGCCAUCCUCAUCAAAAUCCGAAGACCCGAACGCAGCCCCCGACCUUCCACAUCGUGUCAAGAAGUCGGGCAAGACCUACGAGAUCUCAUUCCAUCCAUCCGAAGUCGGUACCCACAAGGUACUAGCCUUCGUCAACGACCAACCCCACCCUCACUCACCAUUCCCAAUCCGCGUCUACGACUCAUCCCAAAUCAUUGUUGGUGAAAUCGUACCACAAAGCUUCGUCAACGACACCGUCGAGUUCACCGUGGACGCGGGACGCGCCGGCUUUGGCAAUUUGGAAAUGGCAAUCAAGGACAAUGAUGACGCGAUCAUACCAUCCCAUGUGAACCAACUGGAAAGUGGGUCGGCCAAAUUCUUGGUCACUUUCAACCCAACUUCGGUCGGUACUCAUACUGUGAAUAUCACCUUCAACAAGGAGGUCAUUAAAGGAAGUCCGUUCGCGGUUCAAAUCGUGGACCCGGCUGAUGGAUCGGCUGGAGAUUUAAGGUAAUUUUGGGGUGAUUUUGAGAGUUAAAAUGAAUGUUUUGAAGUUAUUAGAUGUAGAAAAUACUAGGGAUUUUAAAAAAUGAUGUUUUACAUAUAAAGUUUGGACAGAAGUGGAAAAAAUGGCGCUUUUUUAGAGAAAAUGAGGGUCUGAUGUCUACUAUAAUAUAAGACAUUACAUAAGAAAUGUAAAAUAAUGCAUUUCUUAUGGAAUUUACUUUUCUUUGGAUAAAAUAAAGUAAGAUAAAUUAGGGAGUAACGGAACUUACAGCAGGUUUUGAAAGAAAACGACUUUUAGGGUUCUGCAGGCUGCAAAGUUCCAUGUUAUACGAUAAAAACUGUUUUUAAUUUGAGAAAAUAUUUCAGCAAAACCAAAGACAAAUCAAAGCAAAAGAAGAAGGAUGUGAAGAAGGACAAAACGAACGGAUUGCCAAAGCUUAAGGACAACAAACCGGUUGUCAAUAAGCUUCCAUCGCUUUCCAGAGUUCGAGAGUCUGCUCACAUCACCGUCCAGAUCCCACAGGCUACAGAUGUUGUUAGCGCUGUUGUUACCGGUAUGUGUAUCAUCAACAUGUUGUAUUUUAUUUAUUUUAGUGAUAACUACGAGUUUAAAAAUUUUAGGUCUUGUCCAAGUAUGAAUAAGCCUAAUAUAAAGGGAUGUUUAUAUCAAAAAUGACAAAGUUAAUAUUAUAUACUUGUAAAGUAUUAUAAUAUCAUUCAAAACCAUUAAUAUAAAACUUAUUUCUAACACAUUUAAACCACUUUCCAUCACUAAACACAAAGAAUAUUCUACUUACAUCACUUUUUCCGAUAUUACACUUGAUCUGAUCUACUAUAAUAUAACGUUUAACCCAUUUCUAACUCACUAAACUCAAAUUUCCAGACUCAACAAAAGAAAAACUACCAGUCGAAGUAUUUGAAGAAGAACUAGGCCUAAGAAGGAUCGAAUUUGUCCCACAAAGAGUUGGAGAUCACGAUAUCAGUGUGAACGUGAACGGCCAUGAAGUCAAUGGUUCUCCAUUCACAUGCCGCGCCUAUGAUCCAUCCAAAAUCGUGGUGGGUGUUGUACCUGAUGGUGUUGUCAACAAACCAGUUCAUUUUGUUGGUAAGUAGUUGGUUUUUGGGUUAAAACAAAAAUUUUUUUGAAAAAAGUGGGGUACGGUAAAGUUACUGUAACUUUUGUAUUUUGAUAUCUUUAAAAACGAAAGUUGUUGGAUAGUUAGCAAUGUAAAUGAUCUUUAAUUGUACGAAAUUUCAAAUUUUUCUCUUGCAUUUGGCAAAAGUUAUAACAAAAAUAAGUUAUGUUGUUAUAGUCAUCUGUACCAAAAUUUGUCUACUCAAAAGAACUUUUGUUUUUUGUUCUACGAUUUAAAAAUAUGAACCCCAAUAUUAAGUAUAAUCUCUUGACCUCGGGAAAAGAAUCUCCUCUUCCCCACAAAUCUCUAAACUCUCUCCUUCUCAACGCUCUCUUUCUUUCAGUGGACGCAAGCGAAGGUGGAGUAGGAAACCUGGAAGUGGCCGUAAAUGAAGGCAAAAUCCCAUCAAUGGCCCAUCCCCUAGGCCAACACAAGUACGAUAUCAGUUUUGUGCCACGAGAGAACGUGGACCAUCACGUCAGCGUGCGCUUCAACAACGAGCCGGUUCCUGGUUCACCGUUCCUCUGUCGUCUCCUGAGCUCGCUUCAGGUGCGCGCCGCGGGACCGGGCCUCGAGCGAAUCGCGGUGGGUCGCGAGACCGAGUUCGAGAUCACCGUCGACGAGCCAGACACCGGAAAACCACUGGCCAACCCCGCUUUGCCGUCCGUCAGCGUGCUGGACGUGAAAGGCAACCGAAUCCCGGUCACGGUGCAAAAGGACCCCAGAAGCUCGGAAGCCGGUCGAUUCUUGUCCUCAUACACGCCAAAAGUGGUAGGAAAUCAUCAGAUCGAGGUUGUGUAUGAUAACGAACCGAUUCCUGGCUCUCCGUUCAGUGUGAAGGCCUUUGACGCAUCGUGCUGUCGUCUGAUUCUGGAGGAACAGGCUAUCGUGGGCAAGGCGUGCACGUUUCUGAUUGAUGCCGCCAAGGCUGGAGCGGGAAACAUGGAGAUUAUUGUCAGUGUGGACAACAAGAAUGUUCCCAAUUUUGUUCAGGUAAAAAAACGUUUUUUGAGACGAAUUGUCAAAAUUUGAAGAGUAUUGAUUUUUAGGACGAAGUGUCAAAAAAGUAUUGGUUUUAUAUUUUCAUUGAUAAACUUAAUCGAAACAAUUUUAAGUAAACCAAGUGCUUUUAGUAAAAUAAAAGACGAAGAAUUGAAUAUUGUAAUGAAAUUUUGCCUAAUUUUUAGCCUGAAGGCCAAGCCCGCUUCAAAGUCUUCUUCACGCCACAAGAAGUCAAGGAUCACGUUAUCAGUGUGAAGUUCAACAGUGAACCAAUCCCCGGCUCUCCACUGAAAUGCCCAGUUUAUGCUGAGAAAACAUUGUCAUACGAACCCAACUACUCGGUACCACCACCAGUACCAAGUACGCCACCGCCAGAGCAAGAGUUGAAGUUGGUCGGAGACCUGCGAAGUGCUCAAAUCGGCCGCCCCAAGGGCUUUAGCAUCGAUUCACCCCACCCGGGGGCGGAUUGUAAUGUCGUGAUUACCGGUGAGUACGCUUAUGUGGCUUCGAACUGUUUUGGGUCGUACGUACGUGGCAGUAUAUUAUGUUACGUACGUGGCAGUAUAUUAUGUUAGAGUUGAUCUUGGUUUUUGGGGGAUUUAUGACAUUUUUCAUUAGAAAUGAGGAUUUAUGACAUUUUUCAUUAGAAAUGAGGAUUUUAUGACCCUUUUCAUUAGAAAUGAGGAUUUGAUAAAACUUUUCAUUAGAAAUCACUGUAACAGAACUUUUUGCGCACCUUGCAUAAAUGAAGUUUUUUGGGAUUUCAUUUAAAAAUGACAUUUAUAUUGCUGUGUACGUACGACUAUUACUAUCUUCUGGCCUUGUUUUAAUAUGUUAACGCCGUUUCCGUUAAUGAGUUUAUGUGUUUCGCUAACUUACAGCUUACCAAAAACAAUAUUUUGUGCUUUGAGUUAUAGAAAAGGUGAAAAAUUUCAUAUUAAACAAAGGAUAAUGUUCAUAGAGAGCAUACUAGUUGAGGAAAAGGUGUAUUAUGAGCUAUAAUGAGGAGCUAGGACUAAAAAAUUAUAUUGUAGUAGACAAAAAGUUGUCAUUUAGGCUAAUAAUUGCCUUGAUGUUGAUAAGAAAGGCAUUAGAAUCAAAGGUAAAUAGGGUAAAUUACUGGAAAUUGAAUUUAAAACAAGGGAAGAUAGAGAAAAGUUUUGAAAAUUCGGUUUUAAACGGGUUAAAUUAGGUCCAAAUGGCAGACGAGUGUCAGUGGAGUUGGUACGAAUGGACGAAGGAUUUGAUGUGGAGUUCACUCCGAAGGAAGAAGGUAAGCUUUUUUUAGGUGUACAUAAGGUUGUUCACAUAACUUUGUGCCCCUAACAUCGAAAAUGGGGUUUUAAUUGGGGCACUGAAUUAUUUGAACUACUCAAUAGCUACUUGUAAACUUUUUUUUUCAAAAAUGUUUUUAUUAGGUUGUUCAAAUAAUUCUGUGCUCUUGACACCGAAAAUUUACUUUGAGAUGGAACACAGAAUUUUUUGAACAGCCUAUUAUAAAUUUAUUUUUUGAAAUUUUUCAAAAUUAUUUGUAAAGCCUUGAGGGUCUUAAGAAGCUCGAUUCUAUGUAAUUUUUGACCGCGUUAAAAAAUACGAAAAACUUUUUUGAGGAUAUGUAAAAUACGUUUUUUGAAGGUAGGUAAUAAAUUUGAUUUUAAAUAUCAUUUUUAAUGUAAAGCAGCAAAAUAAGUUAUUUCGCCAAGCGGAUUCGAACUUUUUUGGUUUUUCACCGUUUUUCAGUCAACGUAAUCAAGCUAAAAGUUUAUAUUUUGAUGAAUAAUUUCAUUUUUAUGAACAAUUUCAAAGGCUUUACAAAAUGCAUUAUGAAAUUUUUAAAAAAGAUUUUGAACUUUUGAUAACUUUGUUUACCUACUGUAACUUAAAAAAUUUUUUUUUUAAUUUUUUUUGUUUUAAACCGAAAAGGCCAAAAAAUCUUCAGGACAAUACGAAAUUGAUAUUCAACUCAGCGGCAAGACAGUGAUCGUAACCCAGUGUACGGUAGAAGCAGCAGUAGCCACCACAUCAGCCAUUCCUGACCAUGUAACCUGUGGCGAAGUCUUGGAAUUCAAUGUAAAUCUAGGCAAAACGAAUCGAAACGAAAUCCGAAUCGAAGUCCGGUCGGAAGAUGGUACACUAGUGCCGUCGACUAGCCAGCUGAGUACGAACAACAACAAUAUUCACGUUUGUUGUACGGUACACAAGCCAGGACGAUACUCAGCCAUUAUAUAUCAGAACAACCAGAUCAUCGAGGAACACUUCUUCAAUGCUACGCCUAGUAAUGAGUGUGUCAGCUUCUAUGCUUUCAAUGAAAAGGCUUUGGUGGAUCAGAGUGCCAAGUUUGAGUUGGAAGUGGCUGAGGGAUUGGAUAGUCAUCUUCAUAUUGAAGUUACUGGUAGGUCAACAGAUUUAUAACUUUUUGGUAAAUUUGAAAUUUAAAGUAUUAUUUUUAAGGAAAGUAGUGUCUGUUAUUUAUUUUUGAAAAUUUUAUUUUCGGACGAAAUGUCAAUUUUUGAGUUAUUGAUUUUUAACACGAAGUGUCACAUUUUUUAUUGGUUUUGCAUAUCGAAGGACAAAAUUUUAAAAAUUUGCGGAUUUCUUUUAGUGGUAAAAUACGCGUAAUUGUUUUUUUUUUGUUGAAAAUUUGUAAUUUUUUGAGUUAUUGGUUUUUGAUGCGAAGUGUCACAUUUUUAUUGGUCUUUUAUAAAGAAAUAGCAAAAUUUUUAAAAAUUAGUUGUAAAAUACGGUUAGUUAAUUUUUUUGUAAGAAGGAGUCAUAAUCUCUAGACUUAUUAAUUUUGCUACGAAGUGUCACAUUUUUUAUUGGUUUUUUGAAAAAAAUAUUUUAAUUGUUUAUCUUUUUAUUAUCAGUCUGAGCUUAUAAAUAGUGUUAAAAAGCCUAUUUAUGACUAACUUAUUCACUUAAUCUUGAUAUAGCUUCACCAAAAUAUUAUUUUCACUUCUCCAUCUUUCAAUAUCAAAAAGGCCUAUAACAAUAUCAAUAAGAUCUAUAACAAUAUCACGUUUCAGACCCAGAUGGAAACUCGGUUCCAGUGUCGAUGCAUCGAAAGGAAGGCAGAAGUUAUGAAGCGGACUGGUUGCCAAAACGAGAAGGUCUACAUGUUGUGUCAGUGCUGGUUAAAAACCAACCGGUCGCUGGAUCACCGCGACAAGUCAACGUGCUUGAUCUGUCUACUGUACAACUGAUUGGACUUGAGAAUAGUGUUGUUGGUACUCAACAAAAGUUUAAUUGUAAGUUUAUGUUAGGGUAGGGGUUUGUAAGGGUAGGGUAGGGUAGGGCAGGGUAUGGUAGAGUAAGAUAUGAACUGUACUAUAGGGUGAAGUAGUGUAAGGUAAGGUAGGGAACACUUUUAUUACCUAAAUAUUGUAAAAUACGGCUCUUGAAUAAAAGUCAUGUUUAGUGGACUGGACCAACUCUGGUGGAUCAACAGCGUCAGUUAAAGUAACCUACAACAACAAGGAUAUGGUACCGUGUCAAAUGAAACGGCUAAAGCACGGUUUACAUUCAUGUACAUUCAUACCAUCUGAUCCAGGACUCUACCUUGUUGAUGUAUAUGUCGAUGACGUCCAAUUACCGGAAUGUCCGUACGAAGUGAUUGUGAGUGAUACGAACGCGGUUAGAGCACGAGGUGAUGCUCUGACUCAUGCUCAGAAGGGGAAGACAGCACGAUUCGAGGUGGUGAUUGGGGAUGGCGGCCGAAGCGAUUUGGAUGUGGUUAUUACAGGUAUGAUGAUCAUAGAGAUGUUUAUGGUACUAUUACUGUGUAGUACUAACUUAUAGUUGUUUAUAUUGUAGUAGUAUUUAGUACUAAGGUUUGGUACUAUAUUGUACUAGUUUUAUAGUACUAUAUUGUUUCUCCAUAUGAGAUUCUAUAUACUACCAUGUUAUGAUGCUACAGAGUACUACAACUUAUAGUACUAAAUAGUACUAUUUUCAUAUAGUACUAUACAGUAUCACAAUUUACAGUACCAUAUAUGAUAGUAUUACACGUUUUUACAGGUUGGUGAUGGAAGAUGUGAACACGUUUUGUUAUUGUGCUGCACGAGUACCCCCUUGAAUUUCAAAAAUAGCACUAUAAAGGGAGGGCGGGGUAAAAAAGUUAAUUUUUGGAAAAAUGGGCGGGGUAAAAGUUAAAAUUAUGAAACAUAAUAAUAGAAAGGUCUAGAAACUUGUACAUAAUAUGAAAAUGACGUUAGUUUAGGCAAUGACAUUUUUUUAAUUGAAAAUUUCGAAGUUUUGAAAAAAAUUUUAAAUUUUAGGUAACAAAUAUUAAAAAUAAGCUUGCUUUGAAUUUGUGUUGUUCAUACUAACACUUGUGUGCUUUUAACUGUCGUUUGUUGCUUGUUUCUUCACUUUUAUUAAACUUCAUUUUGAAUUUUUGAAAAAUAUUGUUAUAGACUCCACCAAGAGCCCAUUGCCGGUACGAUGCUACAAACAACAAGACCAAAGCUACUGGGUUGAGUUUACCCCAGAAACUAUUGGUACGUUAUUUUUAGUUUUUACAUACUUUUAGAAAUUCGAUACUUUUUGUGACACUUCGUAUUUUUGCAAAUACUUUUUGUGGCUUUUCGUCAAAAUCUGUAAAAAGUUGCAAAAUUGAAAAAAACUUGGGCUUUAGUAUGUUAUAUAGUAAAAAUUCAUUUAAAAUGACAUAAAUAAAAUUAUAUGCUUACAGGAGAACACAUAAUCGAAGUGACAUUCGCCGACUUUCCAGUCAACGGCUCACCGUUCCACUGUGAAGUGGUUGAUCCAAAGAAAGUCAAAGUAUCAGGCCUAGAUGAGACCAUUCAACAACGUCACAUAACUCGAGUACUAGUCGAUCGUACAGAAGCUGGCAAAGGUCAACUCGACUUUGAAGUAUCCGAUCCUCAAGGUCAGGAACUCAAGGUUGAUCGAGUGAGAACGGCGCCCGAGGUCGACUCCUUUACAUUCUUGCCAAGCAAAUUAGGCCAACAUAAGGUGCUGAUCAAUUUCGCUGGUUUCCCAGUACAAGGUGCUAAAGACUUCACCGUCGUUGAGUACGGCGGAGCACCAAAGCUUGAAGGUCCGGCCUCACAAUCUGUGGUUGAAGUAGACAAAACAGCCAAACUGUGGCUGGAAUCAAAGAAUGGUGGACUAAAAAUCGAUGUCCGUGACCAGUUAGGCAACAAGAUUCGCCAUCAGCUGGCCAAGGCCGAGCACGGUGCCACCGAGAUCAGCUUCGUGCCCGCGAACGUCGGCAAAUACAGUGUGGAUGUGCAUCUGAACAACAAAGCGUUGAGCGAGAAGCCACUCGAAGUGACAGUAGUCGACCCACGCAAAGUGGUGGUUAACGACGAAACAGCACGUGCUGAUGGAACGUUCGUACUGGGAAUUGGCCAAAAGAACAUCAUUGAUGUGGAUGCUACAGCAGCGGGGCACGGUGACUUGAACGUUGAGGUCCGUGACGCGUCCGGUGAGCUGUUGCCAGCUCGUGAAGCUCGUGCUGAAAGUCAAGGACGAGGAAAGCAUAGGCUGAUACUGCAGCCUAGCAAGAAGGGUGCUUUGAAGAUCUACCUGUACUAUUCAGGACUACCAGUACCGUCAGCUUACCCAUUGAUGGCUGUUGCUGAGACUGGUGGUGCCAAUGUGAGACGGUCAAGUGCUGAUCAGGCCAAAAUCUACAGUACAGAAGCAGGUAGAGGAUACGGUAGUCGAGGUCAAAGUGUCGAACACACAACUCACUACAGUACUUCAGAAGCCCGUCCUCAUUCUACAGAACAACGUACUCGCUCCAGUACCGAAUAUACCACUACACAUCGUACCAACGUGGAACAGACAAAGAAUUUCGGUGCAAGCUCUGACAAUAUACACCAUUCUCUUCGUACUAGUGCUGAUCAGACAGUACGAGUGCACGGUGAAGGUCUAAGUCGUGCUAUCGUUAAAGAACCAGCCGAGUUCAUUAUUGAUGCUUCACAAGCUCCCAGAGCUAAGAUCACGGCCCAAUUGAUCGGAGAACAGAACGAUAUUCCAGUACGGCUGCAAGAGAAGAGCAACAACAUCUACAAGGCCGUCUACACACCAUUGGCUGGUGGCGACUACGAACUUAUCGUCAAAAUUGACGGAAAACCCCUCAGGGAACAGCCUUUCGUCGUUCACGUUCAAAGCUUUACCACGCCCGCAGGUCAAAUUGAAGUAGAUACUAAGAACUUGAAGCUGGGUAUCAUUAAUGAGGACAUCAAGACUGUUAUCGAUGCCAGAAAAGCGGGAUCAGGCCAGCUCUCGGCUCAAUGUGAAGGCCCAACUCAGCUGGAGUACUGUGAACUGUACGAUAACCGUGAUGGAACCUACGUACUGCGAGUACAGCCAAAAGAACUUGGUAGACAUGUACUGAGCAUCAAGUAUGCUAACGAGCAUGUUCCUGGAAGUCCGUUUGUCUUCAACGUUUCUAAUCCACCAGAUGCUAGCAAGGUUAAGGUCUAUGGUCCUGGUGUUGAACAUGGCAUUCUGGCUACGUAGGUUUUUAAAGGUUUUGGGUAUGAUAGUGUAGGUCUACUGGGACUUUACUAUAGUCUGACAGGGUCUGGCAAGUACACUGGCUUUACCAAAAAAUUUCUAGCCCCGACCUAGCCCAUACCUUAACCUUUUCAAUUUUAAAACCCAAAACUUUCAGUUUCAAAUCCAACUUUGUGGUGGAAACGAAAGGAGCUGGUGCAGGCCAACUCACCGUCAGAGUACGUGGACCUAAAGGCGCCUUCAACGUUGAAAUGCAACGUGACCGACAACAAGACCGCACCAUUCACUGUAAAUACGAACCCAAAGAGCCCGGAGACUAUCAGGUGGAAGUGAAAUGGCAUGGACAACAUGUUCCUGGUAGGUUUUUUGGUUUUGUGAUAUUAACAGCUUUGAAAAAUGGUUUUUAAAUUGUUUUAAAAGACCAAUAGUUUUUGUGACAUUCCGUCAUAUUUUUUAAUAAGUUUGCGACAUUUCUUUAAACUUACGAAAUAUAGUACUAGAUAAGACAGAAAAAUACAAAACAGGCUUAUUAAGCAUUAUUUUGUUCUGUAAAACAGUUUUAAAGUACCAAUAACUUUUGUGACACUUCGUCCUAUUUUCCAAUAACUUUGUGAUACUUCGUUAAACAUGCAAAAAACAGUUCUAAACAAUUUAAAAAAAAACAAACAGCCUUAAAAAGCUUUCUUUUUAUUAUAUAAAACAAUUUUAAUACACCAAUAACUUUUGUGACACUUCGUCCUAUUUUCCAAUAAUUUUUUGACUUUCCGUUAAACUUACAAAUAAAAGUACUAAACAGAACAAAACACCAAAAAACAAUAAAAUUACAACAAGGAGCUAUAAAAUCACAUAAAAACAAUAAAAUUAUAGGCUCACCAUUCAUGGUGAUGAUUGUUGACACCGAACAAGAGCUUCAACGCUUCUUGGCUGGUGAAGCACCAUCCCCACAGCCGGCUACACCAUUUGUGCCGCCCGGCUGGGUUGGUCCUCCACCACCAGGAAUGAUUCCACCCCCAUUCAGUCCAGCGUUAGCUGCUUCCCCUUAUGGUCCUGUCCCGGUUGGCAUGAUCCCACCGCCACAUAUGCGCGGACGACGGUCUGGUCCUCCGGCGGUUAUGGGUCCACCACAACCAAUUUAUGGUAGAAGGCCUUAUUAG